GGGGGGACAAGCUCCCGGGACCUGGAUCUGGAGGCACACGGGAUCCACCGACUAAAGUUUCUCUGGAUUUUUCGUUAUUUUUUGGGAUGUUCGGAGAGGGGGACCAAUGUGGAUUAUGCUGAGUUCGGGAAGAGGAGCCAGACCAGACCAGGUCAUGCAGCUGGAAGUUGAAGGAGAAGAGGUGAAAGAGUUCUCGCAACCUGAAAGCGAUCUCCUCUGACAAGACGACAGCUCACCCUCCUAACAAGCACUGUGCCAAAAGCCUGCUUAGUUUCACAAACUUUAUCCUUUCCUGGUGGAAACAAAACACGGAAACUACAAAGUGAUUAAUGAGCGCUUCAGUUUCUGCGGGUGUGCAAUCCUGGCUAAUGAGACUGCUACAUCGCCAUCCAUGGCAGGAGGUGCGCUCAUCAAAGGAUUACGGCACCUUUGGCUGUGAUGAGAUUUAUUCUUGCCAGAUGGCCGGACAAAAGCACAUUAAAUGCUGAGAUUUGCACUCCGAGUUUGCUUUUGCACCUCUCGUUUUAGCAAAGGCCUUUUAUUUUUUGGAAACCAGAAAUGGGCCUUCGGACAGUUUUGUGGCCCAAGGACUGGGUGUCCUUCUCGAAGUCCUGGAUUCUGUUCUUGCUUGGGCUUUCCAUGCAGGUGACCCAAACAUUGGCUUGUCCAAAGGUGUGCCGCUGUGACCGGAACUAUGUCUACUGUAACGAGCGGAGUUUGACCUCAGUGCCUCUUGGAAUUCCGGAGGGUGUAACCGUGCUCUACCUCCACAAUAACCAAAUUAACAAUGCUGGAUUCCCCGCAGAACUGCACAACGUCCAAUCGGUGCACACGGUUUACUUGUACGGCAACCAGUUGGACGAAUUUCCGAUGAACCUUCCCAAGAAUGUCAGAGUGCUUCACCUCCAAGAAAACAACAUCCAGACCAUUUCAAGGGUAGCACUAGCACAGCUUUUAAAACUGGAAGAGCUGCACUUAGACGAUAACUCCAUCUCAACGGUAGGGGUGGAGGACGGAGCUUUCCGCGAAGCGGUUAGCCUAAAGCUGCUUUUUCUAUCCAAGAACCAUUUGAGCAGUGUGCCGGUUGGCCUCCCUUUUGUUUUACAAGAGUUGAGGCUGGACGAAAACCGUAUCGCUACUAUUUCAGACCAAUCCUUCCAAAACCUGACCGGCUUGGAACGUUUGAUUCUGGAUGGCAAUCUCUUAUCUAACAAAGGAAUUUCUGAUGGAACCUUUAGGCAUCUACCCAAGCUGAAGGAGUUUUCUAUGGUACGUAACUCUCUCACCAGUCCUCCUAACGAUCUCCAGGGCACCUACUUGGUAAAGCUGAACCUGCAGGACAACCAAAUUAAUCACAUACCAGUGUCAGCCUUUGCUAAACUGCACAAGCUCGAGAGAUUGGAUAUAUCAAACAACCGACUGCAGAGGUUGGUCAGGGGGGUUUUUGAUAACCUAACUAACCUAAAACAAUUGACUGCACGGAACAACCCUUGGUUUUGUGAUUGCUCCAUUCGGUGGGUUACUGAGUGGCUCAAAUCCCUUCCGGCCGCUAUCAAUGUUCGUGCUUUUAUGUGUCAGGGACCAGAGGAUUUCCGGGGAAUGGCGGUAAGAGAGCUCAACGUAAACCUUCUUUCCUGCCCAAACACCACGCUCACCUUACCGAAUGUUACCCAGCCUCCUCCAACCUCUGCCCCAACUACCCCUCCCACAACUGUUUUUAUACCUACUCCCACUGAAACACCUGCAGCCCCAACACCUACCCCAUCCCUUGCCCCCAUUACUGAGCCUGACCAGGAGAUCAUAGUAAUUGAGAAAGUGACGCCGCCCAUGCGAGGACGACUCCAGAUGUCCAUUCGCUUUGUGAACAAUACCUCCAUCCACAUCAGCUGGUUGACCUUUGUUAUGGUUGUCUCCUACAAGCUGACUUGGGUUAAGAUGGGUCACAGCCUGGUGGAAGGGAUCGUGAACGAACAAAUAAUCAAUGGUGAGAAACAUCACUGGAACCUGUUAAAUCUGGAACCCAAGUCCACAUAUCGGAUCUGCUUGGUUCCUUUGGAUUCUUUUAACAACUACCAGGCGGGUGAGGAGACUGUGUGUGCCGAGGCCACUACCAAGGCCUCUUCAUCAAAUAAUGGUAGCAACAGCCCCUCUAGCCACGAGCAGGACACGAUGACAGGCAUGGGCUCCCCAUUUCUGCUGGCAGGGUUAAUUGGGGGUGCAGUCAUUAUAGUACUCAUAGUCCUCCUAAGCGUCUUCUGCUGGCACAUGCACAAGAAGGGCCGCUACACGUCCCAGAAGUGGAAAUACAACCGUGGCCGCCGGAAAGACGACUACUGCGAGGCGGGCACCAAGAAGGACAACUCCAUCCUGGAGAUGACGGAGACCAGCUUCCAGAUCGUCUCCUUAAACAAUGACCAGCUCCUUAAAGGAGGUUUCAGACUGCAGCCCAUAUACACCCCAAACGGGGGCCUCACUUACACAGACUGUCACAUCCCCAAUAACUUGAGGUACUGCAACAACAGCAGCGUUCCAGACUUGGAGCACUGUCACACGUGAUAGGGACUUUGGGAGACCCCCCCCCCAAGCAGCGACAAAAAAAAAAAGACGGACUCUGCCGAAACAAAAAGGGGACAACGAGACUCGAAAAUGAAAACGGAAAAAAACAAAUUUACAUUUGAUAUUAGGCAGAUGCGUUUGUGCAUCGGAUACUCUGUAAUUUAUACGGUGUACUAUAUAGUGGAAUUUAAACAAA